UACUUAUGUGUUGUGCGCCAUUUAGAGUACGUCCUCUCGUGGCGUCGCCCUGGUUUCGCUUUGCUAGCUCACUGGAUCAAAUCGGAAAGAUAUGAACAUUCAGUAUUGCUUGAUCUUGCUUCUCGGAAGUCUUCUUUUCCUCUUCUCGGAGUACAGCGACGUUGCUGGAGAAACUGCAAACGACAAGAACUAUUCAAAGCCUGUGUUUAACAAGACGAAAGUUGCGCGUUUCUUAGCCUUCGUCCAAGGAGAAAACGUGUCUCUUGACUGCAAAGCGACCGGUAACCCUCAUCCAAGCGUCCAGUGGACACUUAACGGUACUUCGUUGAAAGGUACAAAACACAAAGUGAAUCCCUCAAAUAAUCGACUCAGAGCCCCUCCUUUUGUUUUGCGCAUCAGAGGCAUCCAAAAGAACGACAGUGGCAAGUAUAAGUGCAAGGUUUCAAACAGUCAAGGUUCGAUACAAAGAACAUUUACUGUGAUUGUGAUGGAGCGCAAAAGAACUCCUCCAGUCAUCACUGAAAUUAGCGGAAAUCAGACUGUUUGUGAAGGUGACAACAUAACUCUCAGGUGUAAAGCCGAAAGUGACCUAACCCCGUAUCUCACGUGGAUGAAACAACGUCCUGUGGUAAACGAAGUGUUCGCAAGUGAAGACAUCACGGUCCCUAAACAGGAUAUAACUGUUCGUCAAGGUGACGCCGUGUAUAUGCUUAUCAAGAAUGCCAGUAAGUCCGACAGUGGACAAUACGUGUGCACGGCUGAAAACAUAUUUGGAUACACGAAUAGGAGUACAUGGGUUAGUGUGUUGGCCAGUGGGGAAAGCAACACUUGAGGUCCUCCUUUCACACGGCCAGCAUAUGCAACUAUGUCGACAAUAAAAUGGGUAAGCAACUGAGAAG